AAGAAUGUCAACCAAUAAAAUGUAGUUACACUUAUACAGAUAGGAAUAGCAUAAUUUACAUCAUCACUACUCUUAUUGGUCUAAUUGGUGGAUUAGUAAAGAUUUUAAGAUUUAUGAUACCAAACUUAGUGAAAUUUAUACCAAAACUAAUAAAGAAAAUACGAAAAUGCUGUAGAUCCACAAGAUCAGAAACUGGUAAAAUUAAUUGAUAUUUCUGUAGUAUGUAUAGUCAUAUUGAGGAUUGAAACCGCUCGAAAAUUCGAUAUUUUUCAAUAUUAUGACAAAAUUUUGUGUUCUAUAAUAAAAUCUUUUGAUAUGAAUUUUCUUCUAUCGUAAUUCUAAUCGAAUGAUGGACUAGAAUUAGACGACUAUAAUAUUCGUGAAAUAUAAAAAACGUUUUUUUCCCAUUUUAGUGAAUAAUGUUAGUGAACCGACUAUUGGAAAAUGGCAAAAAAUAAAGAACUUUCUUCGAAAACUUAAUUUAUUUCCAUCAAUACCACCAUCAACUAAUGAAUCUGAUCUGCGAAAUCAACGAAUAUCAACAAGAUUAUUUGUCAUUGCAUUAGUUUUAUCAAUUACUAUUCUGAUCACAUAUAAUUCAUUAAUUUAUGUUACAAUGAUUGGUAAUACUAAUUCACCGGAUCUUACUCAAUAUUCAGAUUUAUAUUCACAAUAUCCACAAACGUUAACAUGUCCAUGUACUAAUAUAACGAUAGAAUAUGGAAAAUUUCUUGAAAUUAAUUAUAAAUUACAUCAACUAUGUAGUAGUGUUUUUGUUAGUAAUAAUUGGUUUGAAUAUCUUGAUGACGCUGACACUAAUGAUGCGUCAUACAUAGCCGAUAUUCGACUUUCAGGCACAUAUAUGUUUCAAGUACUAAACACAUUUUGUGAAUCAAGUAAUAAAACGAUCUCUGAUAGUUUAUCUCAAUUUUAUUCAACCGAGUACGCUUCUCUUAAUGUUAUAUCUAAACAAUUAUUUGAAUCACAAUCACAAAUACUAAUGAAUCAAUUUAUUUCUUCAACAGAGAACGACUUUUUGCUUCCGCUGCAAAUUAUACGUGAUAUGACAGAAGCCAACAGCCUAUAUACCCGUCACGGAAUUAAUUAUGCAUUUUAUGGAUCAUCCGAAGUAUCAACAAUUGUAUCAUCUGCAAUAACUAAUGAUAAUUGUUCUUGUUUGACAGAAAAAUGUCUUGUGCAAGUGGGGAUUUUGGACUACAACAACUUCACGUAUUCAUUCAAUGUUUCGGGUUUACAAUUAGGAUGCAAUGCUAUUGAUGGAAUAUUACAAUCGACUUUAGAAUGUUUUUAUAAUCAGACAUGUCUAAACAAAGUACAAUCGUAUAUAAUAUCGCCCAUAUCGAUAAAUGUAAUACCACUUAAUUCAUCAUUAUCCAGUCAAUUUAAUCAAACAUCAACUAUACAGGAUAUUAUGAAUGAAUUAAUGGUUGAUAAAUGGACUUUAUCUAGUGUAUAUGAGAACUAUUAUAAAGAAUGUCAACCAAUAAAAUGUAGUUACACUUAUACAGAUAGGAAU